UUGAUGAAUGCUUGUUCAAUCCAUGUCAGCACAGUGGAACUUGUGUGGAUAUGAUCAAUGGAUAUCAAUGUCAAUGCACAGAAGGAUACACUGGCAAGCAUUGUGACACAAAUAUCAACGAAUGUCAGAGCAACCCAUGUCAAAAUGGAGGCAACUGUCUUGACCUGGUGAAUAGUUAUCUAUGCAACUGCCAAACAGGAUACACAGACAGUCACUGUACAAUGACUUUAUGUGCAAGUGAGCCAUGCCAGAACAACGGAUCAUGCAUAAUUGAGUUUGGCCUGAUUAGGUGUAACUGCAUCAUUGGAUACGAAGGAGACUAUUGUGAAACAAAUAUUGAUGAAUGCUUGUCCAAUCCGUGUCAGCACAGUGGAACUUGUGUGGAUAUGAUCGGUGGAUAUCAAUGUCAGUGCACAGAAGGAUACACUGACAAGCAUUGUGACAUAAAUAUCAACGAAUGUCAGAACAACCCAUGUCAAAAUGGAGGCAGCUGUCUUGACCUGGUGAACAGUUAUCAAUGCAACUGCCAAACAGGAUACACAGACAGUCACUGUACAACGAAUAUUGAUGAAUGCUUGUCCAAUCCAUGUCAGCACAGUGGAACUUGUGUGGAUAGGAUCGAUGGAUAUCAAUGUCAAUGCACAGAAGGAUACACUGACAAGCAUUGUGACAUAAAUAUCAACGAAUGUCAGAGCAACCCAUGUCAAAAUGGAGGCAGCUGUCUUGACCUGGUGAACAGUUACCAAUGCAACUGCCAAACAGGAUACACAGACAGUCACUGUACAACGAAUAUUGAUGAAUGCUUGUCCAAUCCAUGUCAGCACAGUGGAACUUGUGUGGAUAGGAUCGAUGGAUAUCAAUGUCAAUGCACAGAAGGAUACACUGACAAGCAUUGUGACAUAAAUAUCAACGAAUGUCAGAACAACCCAUGUCAAAAUGGAGGCAGCUGUCUUGACCUGGUGAACAGUUAUCAAUGCAACUGCCAAACAGGAUAUACAGACAGUCACUGUACAACGAAUAUUAAUGAGUGUGCAUCCACCCCAUGUCAAAAUAAUGCCACUUGUCAAGACAACAUUGGGCAGUUCAAAUGUUUGUGUCCGACUGGAUUUACAGACAAUUUAUGUCAAACAAAGAUUUGUGCAGCUCUGGACAUCGCUGAAUGCUCAGUACAACUAACAAAUACCCAUGGACAAUUAGAACUAGAAUUUUUAUUAGCUAAUGAAAAAGAUGUUUUGGGAGAAUUUCAGCAAGACACUUCAUGCACACUUCAGAGAAGAUCACACAAUAUGGAUGGAUCAGGUCAUUAUGUGCUUCAUUGUACAAACAAAGAGACUGGUGCGGGACUGUCAGUAGCACUUGUAGUUGCAGUUGGUGUAUUGGCCAGUUUUUGUAUCAUUCUGAUAGUGGCAGCUGCUUUCUGUUUUUAUCAAUGGAAACGUUUAGAAAGAACUGUAGAUGCUUUGGCAAGGUCCAACACAACUAGAAUGGAUGAACUGAGACAAACAGAUGUUGAUGCGAUGUACGAGACAGUGGGUAACACUGAAGCAUCCACAGGAAUUCGAUUGUACGAAGAAACAUCAGUGGUGGGGACACUGAAUGAAUCGUAUGGUGUGACAGGUGGUCAGAACUAGAACAAUUAACAGACACUUAAUUAAUUACAAAAUGUAAUAGCUCAGUCUUAUAGUGCACGUGCUCAUGUAGUCAUUCUAAAGUCAUUUUGAAGUGUGUUAUCAACCUGGCAAUACAACUGAACUUUUUCCGACCAGACAACUGGAGUG